AUGUCCAUCAGGGGUUGGACUAAAAGCUUACAGAGUAAGUGGAAAAGGGAGAUGCAUGCUGAAAAGCGAAAAAAGAAUGCACCACAGGAGUUCUGCUGGCUUAAAAGUCUUCUCAAAUUAGAUGGUGAUGUUUUAAUGAAUUAUGUUCAGGAGAUUGCAACUGUUGUGGUUCCCAAACAUUACCAAGAGAAAAUGCAAUGUGAUAGGAACAAUGAAAAAGAUGACACAAAAAUGGAGUUUAAUAUUCAGAGAAACAAAAAGAGCCUUCUAGACCAGCAUGGCCAGUACCCAAAUUGGAUGAGCCAGAGGCAGAGAAAGAGGCUGAAAGCAAAGAGCGAAAGAGGGAAGGGAAAAAUCAAAUCCAAAGCAGCACAGGCUGCAAAAGGUUUAGCCUGGUAG